AUGAAGGUUCCUACCAUUGCUGCUAUUUUGGGUCUUGCUACUUUUGCCUCUGCUGAAAUCUUCUUCCAUGAAACUUUCUCUGACGGUGAAGGUUGGAAGAACCGUUGGGAUGUUUCCGAAUACCGUGAAGAUUUGGGUAAAUUAGAAGUGUCUCCUGGUAAAUGGUAUGCCGACGAAGAAAAGAAUGUUGGUCUUAGAACUGCCGAAGACUAUCGUUUUUAUGCUGUUUCCUCAAAGUUAUCCAAGCCUUUCAGCAACAAGGAUAAAGAUCUCGUUCUUCAAUUUGAUGUCAAGAAUGAACAAAAAAUUGAUUGUGGUGGUAGCUAUUUAAAGUUCUUUGGCAAAGAGUUCGAUGCUAAGACUUUCAAUGGAGAAACUGACUACAACAUCAUGUUCGGUCCCGAUAUUUGUGGCCCCAAGGCUAUGGUUCACGCUAUUUUCAACUACAACGGCACCAACCAUAACCUGAAGAAGACCGUUGAUGCUCCUAAGGACGAGUUGACUCACACAUACACUCUCAUUGUCAAACCCGACCAAACCUAUAAAAUUUUGAUUGAUGGUAAGAAGAAGGCUGACGGUAAUCUUAUUGAAGACUGGGACUUCCUUCCCCCUAAGAAAAUUUUGGACCCUAAUGCCAAAAAGCCUGAAGAUUGGGUUGACGAAGCUGAGAUUGUUGAUGAAACUGAUGUCAAGCCUGAAGGCUAUGAUGAUAUUCCUGAAUACAUUCCUGAUCCCGAUGCCAAGAAGCCUGAAGACUGGGAUGAUGAUAUGGACGGCGAAUGGGAAGCUCCCUCUAUUGCCAAUCCUGAAUAUAAGGGCCCUUGGACUCCUAGAAUGAUCCCUAACCCUGCCUAUAAGGGUGAAUGGGUUCAUCCCGAAAUUGAUAAUCCCGAGUACAAGGUUGACAAUGACAUCUAUGCUUACGAAUUCGGCAAUGUUGGUAUUGACGUCUGGCAGGUUAAGUCUGGUACUAUUUUCGACAACAUCUUAAUUACUGACGAUAUAAAAGAAGCCGAAAAACUUCAAGCGGAAACCAAAUCCCUCAGGUCCUUCGAAGAAGCUGCUCAAGCCAAGUACAACGAAAAGGUUGAUGAAGAAGCCAAGGCUAAAGCAGAAUCCGAAGGUAAGGAACCCGUUGUUGAAGACAUCGACGAUGAUCUUGAUCUUGAAAAGGUUGAGCCGGUCAUCAACUUCAAUGACGAUAUACCUGAAAAAGCUAAGGAAGCUCUUGAAAAGGCCACAGAAGAAGAAAAGUCAAAGGAAAAGGAAAAGGAAAGUCAAAAGGCUGAUGCCGAAGCAGAAACCAAGAAGCCUGUCAAAGAUGAAUUGUAA